CCACCUGGUUUAGGCUAUAGUCAGUCUAUAGAGCUAAAGGCGACAAGACUCUCUCUCUCUCUCUCUCUUUUAGUUACUAAAAAACUCUUUCACGUUUUCCACCUUCCAGAUCUGAUUUUAUCGCCGAACGCUCACGGGAACAAACACGCAUAAAGGAGGAGGAGGAGGAUACUUGGCAUGGUCUCUGAUCGGAACAACCCUAAUCCUAAUCCAACCUCCGCUCGUCGUUAAUCGAUCGGAUGGAGCAGCUGAAGACAAUUGGGAGAGAGCUAGCGAUGGGAUCGCAAGGAGGGUUUGGUCAGUCGAAGGAGUUUCUCGAUCUGGUCAAAUCAAUCGGCGAGGCGCGAUCGAAAGCCGAGGAAGAUCGAAUCGUGCUCAGCGAGAUCGACAUACUCAAACGGAAGCUCCUAGAGCCGGACAUCCCCAAGAGGAAGAUGAAAGAGUACAUCAUACGCCUCGUGUACAUCGAGAUGCUAGGCCACGACGCUUCUUUCGGUUACAUUCACGCCGUUAAGAUGACGCACGACGACAAUCUCCUCCUCAAGCGCACCGGUUACUUAGCAGUCACGCUCUUUCUGAACGAGGAUCACGAUCUUAUCAUCCUCAUCGUCAACACGAUUCAGAAAGAUCUCAGGUCCGAUAACUAUCUUGUUGUAUGCGCGGCCCUUAAUGCGAUCUGUAGGCUGAUCAAUGAGGAGACCAUACCGGCGGUUUUGCCUCAGGUGGUUGACUUGCUUAAUCACCAGAAGGAAGCUGUGAGGAAGAAAGCCAUCAUGGCUCUGCACAGGUUUCAUCGCAAGUCUCCUUCUUCGGUUUCGCAUUUGAUCUCCAAUUUCAGAAAGAGGCUGUGUGAUAAUGAUCCGGGAGUGAUGGGUGCGACGCUUUGUCCUCUCUUUGAUCUCAUUACCGAAGAUGUUUCUUCCUACAAGGAUUUAGUCAGUAGUUUCGUCAGCAUUCUCAAACAGGUCACUGAGAGACGGUUGCCAAAGAGCUACGACUACCAUCAAAUGCCUGCACCCUUCAUCCAGAUCAAGUUGCUGAAGAUAUUGGCUCUGCUGGGUUGUGGUGAUAAGAGUGCGAGUGAAAUUAUGUCUAUGGUGCUUGGGGAUUUGUUCAGAAAGUGUGAUUCUUCUACCAAUAUAGGGAAUGCCAUCCUUUAUGAGUGUAUUCGCUGCAUCUCUUGUAUAAUUCCAAGCCCCAAACUGUUAGAAGCUGCUGCUGAUGCUAUCUCCAAGUUUUUGAAGAGUGAUAGUCACAAUCUGAAAUACAUGGGGAUUGAUGGUCUUGGUCGAUUGAUAAAAAUAAGCCCUGACAUUGCUGAGCAGCACCAACUUGCUGUGAUAGAUUGUUUGGAGGUGAGCAACUAUAAAGGAAAUUUCGUUAAUGUUUUUUUUCAUUUCAGCAGUCGUUUUUUUUGGUUGCCUGAUGUUUUCGUUGGUUACUUUCGACAGGAUCCAGAUGAUACACUAAAGAGGAAAACUUUUGAAUUGUUGUACAAAAUGACCAAGUCCUCUAAUGUUGAAGUGAUUGUAGACCGAAUGACUGAUUACAUGAUUAGUAUCAAUGACAAUCAUUACAAAACUGAGAUAGCAUCUCGUUGUGUUGAGUUGGCCGAACAAUUCGCUCCAAGCAAUCAAUGGUUCAUCCAGAUCAUGAACAAAGUCUUCGAGCAUGCAGGAGAUCUGGUAAAUAUUAAGGUGGCACAUAAUCUGAUGCGUUUGAUUGCUGAAGGAUUCGGAGAAGACGAUGACGAUGCAGACAGCAAGCUUAGAUUAUCAGCUGUAGAAUCGCACUUGCAGAUUAUGAGCGAGCCAAAGCUCCCAUCCCUGUUUCUUCAGGUCAUUUCUUGGGUGUUGGGAGAAUAUGGCACAGCUGACGGGAAGUAUUCUGCCUCCUAUAUUAGUGGAAAGCUGUGCGAUGUGGCUGAUGCAUACUCAAGUGAUGAAACUGUCAAGGGAUAUGCUGUUUCUGCACUGAUGAAGAUUUAUGCAUUUGAAAUUGCAUCUGGGAGAAAGGUGGAUGUUUUGCCAGAGUGCCAAUCUUUGAUCGAGGAGCUACUUGCUUCACAUUCAACAGAUCUGCAGCAACGUGCAUAUGAACUUCAGGCUCUCCUUGCUCUAGAUGCCCGUGCUGUGGAGAGUAUACUACCUUUAGAUGCUAGUUGCGAAGACAUCGAGGUUGAUAAAGAUCUUUCAUUUCUCAAUGGCUACAUCCAACAAGCUAUUGAGAGUGGAGCGCAACCUUAUAUAUCUGAGAGAGAGCGCUCUUGUAUGCUGGAAACAACUGAUUACCAUUCCCAAGAUCAUCAUGAGGUUCCAUCUCAUGCUCUUAGAUUUGAAGCCUAUGAACGUCCAAAGCCAUCAUCAUUGCCAACACAAGCUUCGACCGAGCUUGUUCCAGUACCCGAGCCUUCUUAUUACAGCGAGGCACACCAGCCAAUUUCAACUUCUUCCGUGUCUGAACGAGAGUCAUCAGAAAUCAAGCUGCGACUCGAUGGAGUUAAACAAAAAUGGGGUAGACCCAGCUAUCAGUCGUCCACAUCCGCUUCUUCUACUCCUCCGCAAGCAGCAAAUGGUACCAGUAGUCACCCGGAUGUUGGAGUUGGCUCAUCUAGCUUAAAACCUCGAAGCAGUUAUGAAUCGAAGAAACCCGAAAUUGAUCCUGAGAAACAGAGACUCGCUGCAUCCUUGUUUGGUGGAUCAUCAACGUCAAGAUCUGAUAGAAAGUCAUCUUCUGGUGGACACAAGCCGGCAAAAGGAACAGCUAGCAAACCCCCCAAGGAAAAUCCAAUCCCUGUUCAGCCGCCACCAGACUUGCUCGACUUUGGCGAGCCAACUGCUACAAGUGUAACAGCAACAGAUCCUUUUAAAGAGUUGGAAGGGCUUAUGGAUUCUUCGAGCCAAGAUGGUGGUUCAACCGAUGUGAUGGGAGUACUAUACUCAGAUGCAGCGCCUGUGACCACAACCACAAGUGUUGACUCUCUCUUAUCAGAACUGUCUGAUAGCUCCAAAGGGAACCCAGGCACAUAUCAAUCCCAAACCUCAAAAGGACCAAACUCAAAGGAAGCUCUCGAGAAAGAUGCUCUUGUUAGACAAAUGGGUGUGAACCCAACAAGUCAGAACCCUACACUGUUCAAAGAUCUCCUCGGCUAGCAGAACCAUUCUCCGACCAAACCAUCCAUUGACUCACAUCAUCAUCAACAACAUGGCCACCUUCUCAUAUUUGGUAAUGCGCUGUGGAGUUUGGGGAUUAGUAAUGUUUCUGAUUCAAGAACAGCUUUUUGUUGUACCUAUGUUUCUUCUCAAUAGAAACUUUCAGUUUACAAACACAGAGAGAGAGAGUUAAGUCACGUUUCGAGGUUUUUUUUUUGUUUUCAAUGGUUUCUCUUUUUAUUUUGGUGUCAGUGAAUGGUUACCGUACGGCCGUUGAGUUUGAGCUUCUCUUGUUGUGUCAAUAGAACAUUUGUAUUGUCUUUUUAUUUCUUAGAGGCGUUUUAUUUUUCUUAUAAAAUAUAUACUUCGUUUCACAAUAAAGAUUUUAGUGUAGCAAUA